UUUUUGUCUUUGACACACAGACACACAUGCCCACAGCCUUGGGGCAGUAUAGUUAAGGAGGUAUGCAAAGUUAAGUCUUUUUUAGGACCUUGAAUGGACAAAGCAGAGGGGAGGAAGAAGAAGAAAAAAAGAAGGGGGGUGGCAUGGAAAAAGACAAAGCUUCUGAUGAAGUGUGAGAGGAGAAAGAAAAGAAGGUUGUGAGCUGCAGGUGUGGCGGCGGCUUCCGUCUAUCACGCACGGGGACGAUGAAAUAUGGAGGUGAAGAGGAAUCGGGGGCAGCUGAUGUGAAGCAGAAACAGCAGAGAGAGAGAGAGAGAGAGAGAGAGAGAGAGACGGAGACGGCAAAGGUAUUAGCAGCUCAUAAAAAGGCACUUAGAGCUGCAGUUAAGCAACUCGCAUUCAUCACUGGUGGAUCAACGGCAGCUGCUCCCGUUACGAGAAAUGACAAGAGAUGUUGAGAUAAGACAAGUGUGAGGAGGGGAGGCGCGAUAAUGCAAACAUCAACCUUAGUUAUGAAAAAAAAAAAUAGCCUCUCUAGGGAAUUCAAACCAUGUAAAAAAAAGAGAGGAUGAUGGUAUGUGUUGAGAGAAAGUGUGCCAAGGCGCUGGCUGCUUCUGCAGACGCUGCAUAGCCUGCAAUUUCUGAGGGGGAAAGAAGAAGAAAGAAAAAAAGAAAAGGAGUGAGCCAGUAUAAUCAGCUGUAUUGCACGAAUCAUCCGUCUCAGAUCCUUCACUCCGCCCACAAGAUACAAGCCUGCCAUUCUUGUAUUUUUUUCCCUCAUUCACUCCACCAGGACGUCUCAGAGCAGGACGCACUCUGUUUGGACAAGAACUCCAAAAUCUGGACCUUUAAAAACUCCACUCGGGAUUUGAAAUAAGCACCUUCUGUUUUCCUUUUUUUCUCUCUUUGAUGCUUUUCUAAAGGCAGAAAAGUUGUGACAGAUUUAGAAAGCAGCAGCAGCAGCCAAAAAAAGAAAGAGAAAAGUCAAGAGAGAGCUUUGCCCUGAAGGUUUCAGAGGAAGAAACAGAUAAAGAGGCAGCAACAAUCUAAGAGAGAGAGACGGAGGGAGUGAAGAGCACAGCUGUUGUGUGAAGAGAAGGAAAAAUACUGAUAAAGAAAGCCAGGAGGUGCACAAGUGUGAAGGGCGAGGAGAGGAGGCUGACGAGGACGACCAAGGCUGGAGAGGAGAUAAACGGCACAUUGAGCAAGCAGCAAGGCAGACGCUGAGGAUAUAACUCAAGGCCGAGGGGGACGCAAAGUGAAGACAAAACUUAAACGGAGGCGUUUUUUUUUUUUUUUUUAGAGACACCUGAUGCCAAAAUUAGCAGCGAGAAUGGAAGCGCGGCAAGAUCGGAGGAGAGGCUUCCUCUGAGCACAGACGAGAGUUGCGCUUGACGUGAGGAAGAGGAGAGGAUUUCCUCAUCAUGAUUUAUUCAGCCGAUUUCCCAAAUUCCAACAACCCGCGCCGGAAGAGCAACUUCGUCCCAGGAUAGAAUGAAGGCAGGAGCGAAGAGAUACCUGCCGAAUCUGUGAGACCUUCCUCUCCUCCUCCUCCUCCUCUUGUCUUGAACUCACUCCUCCUCUGUCCUGAUAUCUCCUCUCCUCCUCCACCACCUCCUCCUCCUCUCCAUCUCCUCACUAUGUGGAUACCAGCUGUGCUCCUAUGGAUGCUUAAUAUCAGCAGUUUGUGCUCAGGACAAGACUAUACAGACUAUUACCAACCUGGAGACAUGGGCACACAGGCUCCGGUGCAGACGAACGACCAGCCCAGUUUGGAGACGGUAACAAGCGUGGAUCAGCUGCUGCAGCUUCUAUACCCCGAAUACAGUUUGAUUCAGCACUGCAUGAGGAAGAAAGCCUGGCACACGUCUUCUUCGCCCUCUUCGUCGUCGUUUUCCACCUCCUCGGCGAGCCCUUUGGUCCACUCCAACAAUGACGACGUGUGGGUCAAGCUGAGGGAGGAGGCUCUUUACAAAGUGGACGGGACUUUGGGAGUCAUCCUCGAGGAGAUCCAGCGAACCUCGUGCCAGCCCAGAGAGGUCUGCGUCGAGGUCGCCAAAGAAUACCCAGAAUCCACCAGUCAGUUCUACCUCCCUCGCUGCGUGGCGCUGCAUCGCUGCGGUGGAUGCUGCACCAACGAGGCUUUCUACUGCACCAACACAAGCCACACGUUUGUCAACAAGACGCUGAUGGAACUGUCCCCGCCCAAGAUGGAACGCUCCGUCGCCAUGGUGACCUUCAUCAACCACACUUCGUGCGAAUGCCUCUCCAAGCGGCCGCUCCACUCCAUCAUCAGACGAGCAGCGACAGAUCACCUGUGUUCGCCUCCUGAUCUGCCCUGCGCCUCGGGGUCAUUGUGGGAUCCGGUGAACUGUGUGUGCGUCUCCACAGAUACUAUUAACUACUCUGACAGAGAAACACAGGCGCUGGACUCAGGCCUCCUGGCUCUUUGUGGGCCCAACAGGGUUCUGGAGGACUCGACCUGCGAGUGCGUCUGCCAGAACGGACUCACCGAAGACAGCUGUGAUCCAGGCUGGAAACUGGACCACAACACCUGUGAAUGCCAGUGUGAAGGCCAAGGCGACGGGAAGACGUGCCCUACUGGCCAGCGGUGGGAUGACGAGCUGUGCGGCUGCGUUUGCGCCGCAGACUGUCCUGGAAAUCAGCCGCUGAACCCCGACACCUGCCAGUGUCAGUGCAGGGAAACUCCACAGUCGUGUCUGCGGCAGGGCAAGAGGUUCAACCCCAACACCUGCAGUUGCUACAGGUUGCCUUGCAGGAAGCCCAGGCGGGCGUGCCAGGCCGGGUUUUACUACAGCCAGAAAGUGUGUCAGUGCAUCCCUGACUUCAUGAGGCCCGAGUGGAAGUAAACCGAAGGCUGGCAGAGGAGCAGAUGCUGCCAUUUGUUGCCCCUCAACGGUGAGAGUGCCUCUUGACAAUGGGGCAGGAUUGGGAGUACAUAUUUACAUGUACCGACUUACUCUUGGAGGAGUUUCCACUUCUCCAAAAAAGGCAAAGGAGGACCGCAGAGCUUCACAUGAAAGCAAAAAAAAAGACCACCCCGAGUAGACUGUCUGGGACUCUAGUGUGACAGCGGUGGCCUUCUUGCCUCUGUUAUUACCCCACACCUGGACGCUACCUGAACAGGACCAGCCAGCCUCCGAGCCAGCGUUCACCCCCCCCCGUCUGCAACAUGUUGGAGCAAGAACCCCAACCACCGACCUGCUGCAGAGGCUCGCGCUUGUGAGAAAUGGAAAGUGGAAUAAGAUAAUAACAGGCCAGAGUCAAAAAGAACAAAACACAAAAUAAACAAGCUUCAGGCGACUUUGGCAGCCUUGCUAAGAUAUCUGAGAGGUUGAAGGAAUUAUUCUGCAGGAGCCACGUGAUGUGAUGAUGUGAUGUGUCCUGUCGGGGCCUUUUAGUCCCUCUUUUAGGUUGAGGUGAAUCGUUUUCCAACACCAGAUUGCAUUUGUUGCAUCUUCACCAGGGCAAUAAAGACUCAAUUGUUCGUAUUUACGCCGAUGAUAAAACUGUAUUUUUCCAACAAAAAGUCUCCUUCAGCUUUCCCGUUUUUUUCCAGGAAGUGGCGGUUUAUUGCCCAACUCCGCUCAAUUAAACGCUAAUUUAAACACUCCCAAUAGUUAUUACACCUUCCAGUUUCUACUUGCCCCUGCUGCAGCACUGCUCUUUGAAGAUCUCACGGCCCAGCGCAGCCACGGCUGACGUCAACAUCUGGGCACCGCUCUGGGUCUUCCACUAAUUUAACUUUACACGCUCUAAUGUUAUUUGUACAUAAUUUAAUUUGUUUCAUAUUUAAAACAGUGAAGAUUUUGAAGAUGGAAUCAUGCGUAGUUGUAAAAUAUCAUAUUUAAGUCACUACCAUGACUGUUCACGUGUCUUUGUACUCAAGCAGUUUUAAUUACUAUGGAAAGUUAGAUUUAUGUUUUUGGAUUUGUCUAUUUCGCCCGAACUGCUAAAUUUUCAUUUUGACGGGUCAUUCAGACGCCUGAGCGACACCUUAAAUGUUAAAAUGAAAGUUUACGGCAGUGCAGAUGAUUGUAGUGUUUGUGCUUUAUGGAUGUAGAGAAAAACUCUCGUAUCAUGCUUAAAUAUUUCGAGUAGUUUUGAAGUAUUGAUUAAAAGGCUUGUCAGAUGACGCGUCACUUUGUUGGUUAUUUCUCGUGGGUAGAACGGGACAGAAGGUAUCUACUGGAUGCUUUUGAGAAUUUUGCUGCAUUAAACACACACUUGUUGCCUCUA